AUGGAGCAGAAAUUGUCCUGUAUUGAUGAGCGAACAGAGAAUGUGGAGGAGAAAUUGUCCUCUAUUGAUGAGCGUAUCGAAAAAAUAAAGAAUGUGGAGGAGAAAUUGUCUUUUGUUGAUGAACGAAUGGAUAAAAUCCAUACAUUGAUGAAAAAUAUGAGUUUUGGAGAGAAGACAAAUAUACCAGGUAAUGUUAAAUAUACAAUAUGCAAUGUAUUAAUUUUGAUUAAUUUUAAAGCGUUUUUAAAAUUCGUUUUUAAUUAAUGGCUUUUAGAAUGCAAAAAAUAUAGUAAUAAUUGUAAUCCAACAAUAAGAUGCUUAAUUGGAUUACUUUUUAAAAAAAAACAUUUAUAUGAGAAUUUUCCUUCAAAUAUAUAAAAAUCAGUUUGAAAUUUGGUGAAUCUACCAGCUUCUCAACAAGAAUUGAGAAGCGCGCAAGUUUUAGGGGGUGGCCACUGUUGAUACAUUUCUAUUCAGACAAAGUUUGUCUUAAGUUAUAAAACAUUUCCCAUUAAUAUUAGUUAGUAGUAACCUCGUUUUUAACGCCGGAAAAAUCGAUUAAUUAAACUCAUAUCAUUAAACCUAGAAACAUUACCCAAGCCAUUUGUUCCAAGCCCUGUUCGAUUAUUUACUGGCAGAGAAGAUGAAAUUGAAGAAAUCAAAAAUCUUAUAACUGGUCAAUCAACACGACUGUUAAACAUCUGGGGAUCUCCUGGAUUUGGUAAAACAUCUACAGCUAUUGAAGCAGCACGUCGUCUUUUGUCUCUCGGCUUACCUGUUUAUUUUUUUAAAUUCGAGCGCAUUAGAACAGUAGAUGAAUUUUUAUCUAAAAUUUUAAGUAUUUUUAAGAGUAAUUUAGCAGAUCGUAGUUUAAAACCUACUGACAAGCUAGUAAGUAUUCUAAGAGAAAUUUCGUCUCGAAUUUUUCUUAUAUUUGAUAAUCUUGAUGAUCUUCUGUCGAGUGAAAGCAGUUCCGUUAGACUUGAGAGUUUAUUUGGACAAUUAUUAGACAGUAAUGUUAACGUUAAUGUAGUUUUUACAACGAGGGAGCUUUUAGAAAAUAUGAACGAUUUAAUAGAAUUUUUUCGAGACAUCCGAAUUCGACCCCUUCAUCCAGUUUCGUCUGUUGAAUUUGUUCGUAAACUUCUUCCUUCAUUUUCUGAAAGUGUUGUUGCAAAUGUGGCUAAGAUUUCGUCCAACGUUCCUCUGGCAAUGAAACUUGUUGCUUCGAUAGUUGAAAACAAUAAUGAAGAUAUGGCGAAUAAAAUACUUGAAGAAUUAAGUCUUUCGGGAAAUCUUUUAGAGAUAGACGGGCCCUACAAGCAAAACAUGAAAAGGGUUUUCGAGACUCCUUUUGAGCAGCUGCCAUUAGUUGAUAAGCAUGCGCUGAUUUCGUUAACUGUGUUUUCUUCCGGUAGAAUAAUUAAAGAUGCUGCAGUUCACGUUAUAUCUGAUGAAAUUGGUUUCUUGAAACCUCUAGGGAGUCUUAACACACUUGUGAAGAAGUCACUAAUCGAUGUAGAUCCCUGUGGAGAAUAUUACACUAUUCACCCUCUCAUUCAUUCUUUUGUUGUGGAUAAAGCAAAAGAAAUUGAUUUUGUGCAUGUCGUCCUAUCCUCUAUAAUUCGCUUUUCUAGGUAUUUCUUUCGUCGUUUUGAAGAAAUCAAUGACGAUUUUCUUUGUGGGAAACCGGUGGACAUUGCCAAACUGCAAGACGAAAUGGAGCAUCUGUCGAUUGCUAUUCAUUAUUUUACAACAAGCACGUGUAGUUUGGAAAAUUGCCAAGAUCUUUUUCGCAUCUUCUCCAAGUCUGAAAUAUUUCUUUUUCUCAUUGGUUUACCCCCCGUUGCAUUGCUAGAUAUUUCUAAAUUAUAUGAUGAUGCUAUAGAAAAAUGCAGAACCCAGCAAUACAAUUACCCUUACUCAAAGUUGUAUGUCAGCAAAUAUUUUCAAAAUAUUGCCUUUUCCAGCCUUUUUUUCUUGGAGGUUGAGUACUUAGAAAUACCUGAACAUAUACAUGAAGACGUCUUGUUAUUAUCGGAUGGUAGUGCAGCAAAAUUAGGUUGUUAUGAAGGAAUUACAAUUAUUUCUAGAAGAAAUAUUAAGGCAGGUAUUGAAUGUAUUGAAAAACAUGUCAAUGGUUUACAAAAUUGCGCUGAUCAACAACUUAUAAAAUGCUUGUGCCUGCAGCUUCUUGCUCUCUUUGAUACCGAUUUAAAGGAGUGCAGCAAAUCGAACAACUUGAGUAAAGAGGCCAUAGAAGUUUGUAAAGAAAUUGGUAAUUACAAUCUCUUUUUAAUAGGUGAUUGUGAUGAAACUUUAUCUAUGACGCAACGGGAAGAACAUAAAGGCGAGCAAUUAAUAGUGUUCGUUUAUCUUUUAUGUAUGUGGUCAACACUAAUUAAUUUAGGUAAUGAGACACAACACUACUUUUUAAAAUUGGUUCGUCAAUUAGAGCAGCAGCUAGAAAAUAAGGCAUUCAAUGCUUCACAAUACUUAUUUCAAAUAUUCACAUACGGUGAUGUUAUUUUAGCUUGUCUUGGUUUUGGUGCAGGACAAGAAGUUCUUCUGGAUGAAAAGAUCACGUUUCUUGAAAAGUCAGUUAUGUCUGGUGAUUGUUGUUCCCGGACAGAUAGAACAUUUCCGAUUAGGGCUGAGAUGUCUUCGAUGUUUUGUUCUGAGCGACUGCUUAAUUGCUACGUUCUACAAAUGAUUAGGGACGAUCGUAAAAUUAUACAAGGUUCAAGUGUUCUUGACACAUGCCGUAGCGCACUUGAUCAUUCACUUAAACAGUGUGGUGAACAACAUCAGAACACCGCGUUCUGUUACUUCAGAAUGGGCUUGGCUGAGAAUAAUUUAGGGAAUUACAUUUCUGCUUGUAAUGCAUUUCAUCAAGCUCUUGAAAUUUUGACAGCCACUAAUGUCGGGAACAGCAGCAGUAAUGCCGUUCUAGCCGAGGUUUAUAUCGGGAAAGGAGAAGCGUAUCAAUGGUUAGACAAAUUUGUAUCUGCUAUUGCAUGUUUUGAAGAAGGACUGAAAAUAAAACGGAAAUUGUGCAGUGAAGAUACUGAAGAAAUCGCUCAAAUCUUAGUUUUGCUAGGGAAGUCGCAACUAUUUUCCAAUGACUUAUCUUCUGCUCUUGCAACACUUGAGAAUGCUCUGCAAAUAAGGAAAAAGCUGUAUGCUGAAAAGCGAAGCUCCAACGGGUAUUUAAAUGUAGUUGAAUGCUACUAUCUUAUUGGACAGUUGCUCAAUGCGCUAGGUAAUAACACUGAAAGUAUAAAAUGUUUUAAAACUGCACUUGAAGUUAGUGCGGAUUGCGAUCAAGAACGUUCAUAUAUGCAAAGUCAUAUUUUUGUGGAACUUAUAAAUUUGAAGGCAGAUGAAAGCGUGUACAUGGAAUUGUUGGAAAGUAGUUUGCUAGUGAUCAAGGAAAAUUAUAAGUCGUUCUUGCCUAUACUGUAUUUAAGAUUAGGUUCAAAACAAAUUACGCCAGGAAAGGAUAAAGCUGGCCUAGCGUUGUUUCAAGAUGCUCUUGGCAUUGAGUUAGAGAUCACACUGAGAAGCAAUUUGUUUAUUCGAUGGACGACGGUUUCAUGCUACAUUGCAAUGGUUGAAGCUUUAAAUAAGAUUGGAAAGUUGAAUUUGGCCAGAAAGGCAAUUGACAGAGCAACCCAAGUAGCGGAAUCACUUCCUGAAGGUACACGAUAUCGUUGGAUCUUUCGAUGUUAUACGUGGAAGGGCCACGUUCAAAACUUAAUGCGGGAAUAUAGUGCGGCAUUGGAAUCCCUUAAACACGCAUAUCUGCAGAUUUCAAAACUUUCUGACGAAUCCUGUGAUAAAUUGGAACAAGUUUGGUGUCAUAUGAAGAUAGCAGCAGCUCAUUCAUUUGUUGGAUCUUAUAAAGAUUCGCUUACGUCGUUGUAUGAAGCAUUGUCUGUCGUCAAAGGUAGUUCUUCUGAGGGAAGCACAGCUGAAGCUGCAGUAUAUUUCGCUGUGGCCAAAGUCUCCAAAAAAAUGAAAAACAAAACGUUAGAAGUAUAUAAUUUGCGCUUAGCGUAUAAGAUGUGUUCAAAAGUUCUAGGAGAAACCCACUCCAAGACAGAAGAAAUCUACAUUGCAUAUGCCAGAGCUCUUAUACGUUAA